CCCACAAUUCCAUGCGCGUUCAAAAUGGACGAACUGACGGUGGAGGUUCGUGGCUCCAAUGGAGCUUAUUAUAAGGGGUUCGUCAAAGACGUUCAUGAGGAUUCGCUCUCCAUCUCGUUCGAGAACAAUUGGCAGCCGGAGAGACAGGUCCCGUUCUGUGACGUGCGCUUGCCUCCUCCAGCUGACGUGAAGAAAGAGAUUGGCGAAGGAGACGAGGUGGAGAUCCUCUCGAGGGCAAACGAGCAGGAACCAUGUGGCUGGUGGCUCGCCAAAGUACGCAUGAUGAAGGGAGAUUUCUACGUGAUCGAGUACGCAGCCUGCGACGCCACGUACAACGAGAUUGUCACGUUCGAGCGUCUACGGCCGGUGAACCUCAACAAAGCUGUGACGGGAAACACCUUUUACAAGUGCACCGUUCCUGUUCCUGAUGACCUGAAAGCCGCUUGUGAGAGUGAGCUUGCUCAUAAGGACUUUAAGAAGGCUGUAGGAGCAAGCAGGAUCGUCUUUAACCCUGAAGGGUGUGAUCUGCUUGUCCUGUCUGUAAACGAGGUGACAGUGAAGAGAGUGUCUCUCUUGAGUGACAUGCACUUGAGGAGUAUCCGGACUAAACUCAUGUUAAUGUACAGGAACGAGGAGGCCACAAAGCACUUAGAGUGCACGAAGCAGUUGGCAUCAGCGUUCCAGGAGGAGUUCACGGUGAGGGAAGACCUGGUGGGUCUCGCCAUCGGCAGCCACGGCACAAACAUCCAGCAGGCCAGGAAAAUUCCAGGAGUGACGGCCAUAGAGCUGGACGAAGAGAGCGGCACGUUCAGGAUUUACGGAGAGACGACCGAGGCUGUCCAGAAAGCAAGGAGCUACCUGGAGUUCCUGGAGGAGUCUGUACAAAUUCCCAGAAAUCUAGUUGGCAAAGUGAUCGGUAAAAACGGUAAGGUCAUUCAGGAGAUCGUGGAUAAAUCCGGGGUGGUGCGAGUACGGAUUGAAGGAGACAACGACAACAACCUUCCAGGCAAGAGGUGAGCUCUCGUUCUCAAGGAAGUUUCUUUCUGAUCUCUUUAAUAUAAAGAGUAGUGUUAAUGGCCCUUCUGUGGUAUUUUAUUAUUAUUGAAAUUGCAGGGAAUGGUGCCCUUCACGUUUGUCGGUACAAAGGAGAGCAUCGGAAACGUUCAAGUUCUCCUGGAGUACCACAUCGCUUACCUGAACGAGGUUGAACAGUUGAGGUUGGAGCGGCUGCAUAUCGACGAACAGCUGCGUCAGAUCGGUUCGGGUUUCCGCCCCAUUUCUGCACGUUCCACCGAGAAAGACAAAGAGAAGAGCUACGGGACGGAGGAAGGCGUCUCCACUGUCACACUGCACUCUGGGCGCUCCUACACGGGCCGGGGGCGCGCACGCAGGGCCGCCAACCACAACUCAGCUUACGGAACGAACUCUGAGCACUCGUACACCUCGGAGACCGAUUCUGAGCGGAGAGAUGAGCUGAGUGACUUCUCUCUAAAAGAAGUCGAGGACGAGCGUGGUGUCCAGGCCAGGAACAACAGGAGAAGAGGGGCAGGAGUCAGAGGUCGUGGUGGCUCAGGAGUCCAAGGUCGUGGGGCUGGAAGAGGCUCAGGGAGCACCAUGAGCUCAGUUCUGAAGGAUCCGGACCGGAACCCCUACAGUAUUCUGGACACCUCUGAGUCGGAUCAAAUUGCCGAUGCAGAAGCAAGCGAGUGCGAACCCAGUUCUCGGAGCCGACGCUCGCGACGCCGGCGCCCUGAAUCUGACGACAACACAUCACUCAGCGAGAACGGCCUCGAUGAGCCUAAGUCUAAACCCCCACGGCAAAACCGCAGCCGUCGCCGGCGCAUUCGGCCUCCUGAAGAGAAACAGCCAGUCACCGUGGCCGAUUUUAUAUCACGUGCUGAAUCACACAGCAGACAGAGAACACCCCGAGAACUGAAGAAGAAUAAAAAAGACUUGGGUCAGGUGGAAGUCAUAUCUGAGCACAGCGACUCCAAGCAGCUGACUAACGGCCCCAGUGCUGACGCAGACGAGCCGAAAAAGACACCACGUGCUUCCACGGAAACGAGCCCAGACGGGAAACCCGAUGUGGCCAAGCCGAACGCCGUUAACGGACUCUGCUGAACACCUCGAUCUUUUCGUGUAUUCUUUCUUCAAACAGUCGUAACCUUUACAUUUUUACAAUAGUGCUUGUAUGAGCUCGCCAAAGAUUGAAACACACAAACAAAUAGACACACACAUAUAUACACACACACACAGACUUCCAGAUUCUUCUCUCUGCUGCACUUUUCUCUUCCUUCCCGUGGAUCAGGUACAAAGGGAGAACACGAACUAAACAAAAGCAGCCCUGAAGUGCAAUGCAAUAUUAAUAUAAUUUUUUUUUUCUGUCCACUUAUCUUUAUCAUGAAGGCGAAACACAUACACUGUAUAGCCAAAAGUUUGUGGACACCCGACGAUAAGAUAAUGCUGUGUGAACAACCCAUUCCACAUUUAGCCCCAUUUGUUUUUAUAAUCACCUCCACUAAAUUUUGGAGUGCGUUUGUGGAGAUUUGUGAUCGUUCAGCCACAAGCUGAAGCUAAUUAAGUCGUGAUAUAGGUGAAGUGUAGAGGCCUGGGGUGCAGUCAGCGUUCAAGUCAUCCCAAAGGUGUUCAUUCAGAAGGGUUAAGGUCAGAGCCAAGAUCCAAGAUCUUUCACUUUAACCCAUGUAAACCAUAUCUGCAUGGAGCUGGCUUUGUGCACGGGAGCAUCCUCAUGCUGGAACAAGUCUUGUAGUUCUAGCUAAAGUGAAUUUAAUGCUACCACUUCCAAAGACUUUCUGUAUAGCAGUUUGGAGAAAACCCUCAUACCCUCAUAUAAAAUCAGGUGUCUCAAUACUUUGUCUAUAUAGUGUGUGGUGUUUAUUCAUAAGUCAGCGCUCCAGACCUGCCAAACUGUAACACAUUUUGCAUCCAAACGUAGUAUUUUAACGUCAUGCGAAUGCUGCUACAAGUAAAAGGAAGCUCUAGAACCCCCCCAUUGUUUAUAAGACAACAAAAAAAAAAAACAGUUAAGCCAAUCAGUAAAUUUAAGAUCUGUUUUAUUAUUAACAAAAUCUCGGGAAACCCCUUUCUCUCUCGUCUCGAUAACAUUUUCCUGGGUAAAUGGUAAAAGUUUUGAUAGCUGACAUCUGUUCCUCAAUAUAUUUGGGAUUUACAGAAAAUUUCUUUCUUGCACAUUACAUAUAAUUUCACCAUUAAUAAUGAGCAGAAAGGGAUAAACUUACACGUGUAUAUACAGGGCUUUACGGUAAACAGUAGGGCCUUCGGGGGGGGCGGUGGAGCCACCUCUUGCCUGUUUCUAUGACGUUGAGAUUAGAAACUCGCAUUUGCAAUUUUUUAAAAUGAAUUCCUGUAUAUAACAUUUUUCCUCCUAGAAUGUGAAUAAAGAAAUUGUACAUGUAAAAA